AUGUUGAGUUUAGUGCCAGUUCACCUUCCUACAGGAUCCAGCCGUGUUAUCCUAGAGAAAAACGCACGAAGUUCUAUGCAUGUCAGCUCUGUCUCUGGUCUGCUCCGCAGUUACUACUGUCCUCUCGUCUGGCUAAUCAUUUCGCAUACUAGAAGAGUUAUUCCGGCCUGCAGGAUACACUUUCCAAGAGCCAGAGUACCCCAAUUACCAAUGCAAGUUCGUGUACACGGUCUACCACCAGGUCCGGCCACCAGGACACUCCCUCCGGGAGUCAGACAACUCCGACUAUCUCUGGAAGUCAGAAUAAAUGGUCUACCACCAGGGCCACCCUGCAGGACACUCCCUCCGGGAGUCAGAGAGCCCCAGCAACCUCUAAGGGGAGGGGUAUACGGUAUACCACCAAGGUAA